UGGCCAGGCCGAACACACCUCUGCCUUCAACAGGAGGGAGCACAGCUCGGAGAGAGCAGAACUUGACAGGAUUGUGUGAACCGCAACGAGCUCGAAAGGAAACGAAAACAGCGCUUCUUUUUUUUUCUUCACCUGCUGACACCGAAGUGAAAAAGAGAUUUGUUGGACAUCUCACUGUUUCCUUUUCAUCAUUAUUUCAUUCUGGGACACUGACACACCGUCCGAGAGGCUGAAUUGAUGCACGCUCCGUGCUGACAGAAUAUUGUUUAUUAUCCAGAGACUGAUUUUCUAGAAGCAACCGGUAAGCUUGCACCUUUUUUUCCCCCCCACCCCUCCCUACGACUUUAUGUCAACAAAGAUGGAACAGCCUUUUUAUCAUGACGACUCUUUCCUGGCGGGUUACGGCCAGUCAGAUGCAGCCAUGCACGACUACAAGGUGCUCAAGCAGAGCAUGAAUCUGAACUUGACAGAGCCCUAUCGCAGCCUGAAAUCUCAGCUGAGGGCUGAGGCGGAGCAGUACCACGGGGGCCAGCCGGACGUCGGCUCCCUGAAGCUCGCCUCCCCGGAGCUGGAGAGGCUCAUCAUCCAGAACGGUAACGGGGUGAUCACCAGUCCCACGCCGGGACAGUACUUCUACAACCGAGGCAUCACCGAUGAGCAGGAGGGGUUCGCCGAGGGCUUCGUGAAGGCGCUGGACGAGCUCCACAAGAUGAACCAGAUGCCUCCUCCUAACGUGUCCAUCGGUGCCGGCGGGGCCACGACGUGCUCGGCGGCGGCGGCCUCCAGCUUAUUCGGGUCCGCGCUGCAGCCAGAGCCUCCCAUCUACACCACGCUGAACGCGUACUGCCCGAACACAAGCCUCUCUUCCGCGUCCAGCUACCCCACCGCCACCAUCAGCUACCUGCCGCCGCACCAGCAGAGCCACGCGCAGAGCUCGGCGCCCGGCGCGCACCACUUCCAGCACACGCUCCCGGGCUCCGGCAUGCACCCGCAGCGGCUGGUCGCCCUAAAAGAGGAGCCCCAGACCGUGCCCGACCUGCUCAGCAGCGACGGCUCGCCUCCGAUGUCUCCCAUCGACCUGGAGACCCAGGAGCGCAUCAAGGCGGAGCGCAAGCGGCUGCGGAACCGACUCGCCGCCACCAAGUGCAGGCGGCGCAAGCUGGAGCGCAUCGCGCGGCUGGAGGAGAAGGUCAAGGUUCUGAAGAACGACAACGCGGGGCUUUCCAACACGGCGUCGGUGCUGCGGGAUCAGGUGGCCCAGCUCAAACAGAAGGUCCUAACGCACGUGAGCAGCGGCUGUCAGCUGAUGCUCACCAGCAAACUGGAGGCGUUUUAGGGACGCAGAGACUACUAAGUGACUGAAAAGUAAUAACACUGGAGACGUGGCCUGCACGCACAGCACUGGAUGUGCGGCCAGCUUCACAGAGCCGAGCUUAGACGGCUCUGAAUAGGGGUGAGAAAGACUGAUUUGAAAUGGUACUUCCGGAUGCUGGUCACCGCUCAUAGGACCGUUCAACCCCUCAGCAUCCAGGCCGAGCGGACACUGAGCAACACAGAGGGCGCUGCCCACAAGUCGUGUUUACUAAUGGUAGAAAAUGGGAAUGACUAUUGUGCUACUUUGUACUUUUUUGCAACUGAUAAUGUCACGGAAUGGUGCAUUUAUUCUUUGUGUAAAUUAUUUUGUUUGCCCGGUUGAUCCAGACAAACUUUUGUCAAUGUUUACAUUAUCUUUUUUUUUUAUUUGUGACGUGUAUUUAAGUAAAUUUGUCUUUUUAAAACGAAAAAAAA